AUGCGCCCGUUAUCGCAUCCAGCGCGACGCUCUCGAGAUCGCCGAGAACGCAAGGUAUGUAGCGAGGCCCUCGCCGUCGACGGGCGCUGUGAGCGAUGCCAGCCGCCAUCCCGGAAGGCGGCGUGCCUCGCACUAUCAGGACGUCGGCAGCGCGUGCACGGCCAUCGAGAUCCGAUUGAUGGGUCUCUUGGGCUUUCCUUGGCGUCGAUAUAUGAGAGGAGCUUGGGGUCGGCGUCGAAGUGGUUUUGGAUACCUUCAGGUGUUGCCGGAGCGAGGAGGGUGCCCUUGAGUGUGGAGCUUGGAGGAGGCGAUGGAUUUGAUGAUUUGGAUGUUUUGUUAGAAAAGCAUUGCAAGAUCGUCUUAAGAUCAAACCUUGUUUUAGGUAUCACUUUGCUUGGCAACUUGGAUGAGAGUGUUGAAGUCAAAGAUGGUGAAUCUUCUGGGCUUCUUGGGGGCUUGUACAACUACAUUGGCAGCAUAUUCUUUUUAAUACGAGUCAUGUACUCUUGUUACUGCAUCGGUCCAUGUGGGCAGACCUUCAAGCACAGAAUUUUUGAGCAGACUGUGCAAGAAGACCAAGCUGUUAUAUAUGAAGACUGGAAAGAAUAUAUUGAGCCCCUUAUUCAUUCUGGACCUUUGGAACUUGAUCCAAAGUUUUUUGGUGUUGAUCAGUACUUCUCUGCCAAGUCUUUAGUGGCAUCUCGUUCCUUUCAAAUAGAUGAUUAUCAUGGCUAUGGAAUGGUGCCUUUAGCUGAUCUCUUCAAUCACAAGACAGGAGCAGAGAAUGUUCAUUUUACCUCUGAAUCUUUACCUUCUGAUUCAGAUGAGGAAGAUGAUGCAGUCGUCACUGAUACAUCUGGCUAUGAUCAAUCACUGAAUGCUGAUUUAAAUAAUAACUCUGCAGGUGAUACUCCUGUAGCUCAACAAGGUUAUAAUCAUGACCCUGCCUCUCGAGAGCAUUCAGAUGGUGACCCCGAUACUCUAGAAAUGAUUAUUGUCAGGGAUGUUGAAGCAGGCACUGAGGUUUUCAACACUUAUGGCUUAAUGGGCAAUGCUGCUUUGCUUCAUAGAUACGGAUUCACAGAACCCGACAACCCCUUUGACAUAGUCAACAUUGAUCUAAGUUUGGUAUUGGAAUGGAGUUCAUCCACAUUCUCAAAUCGUCACAGUAGAAUGAGAUUGUCAUUGUGGAGAAAACUAAAGUUCUCACCUUGCGCAAGCCAGGACUCUGAGUACUUUGAAGUUUCAUAUGAUGGGGAACCGCAAAUCGAACUCAUAGUUCUUCUCUACAUCAUUAUUUUACCAGAUGAUACAUACGAGAAGCUAAGUUAUUUGAUUGAUUCUUUUAAAGAUGGCGAUGAAAUUUCAAAGAUCACCAAGUUGACCCAGAUCACGACAAGCGAGUGCAGUAAAAAAUCAGAUGAAGUUAAAGAGUUAUUAUUAAACAGGAGUGUUUGCAUUGCGCUCUUGUCCCUUGCCGAUAGAAGGGAAAGUCUCUACGGUUCAAAUUCUGUGGAGGACGACUUGAACAAGCUUAAAACAUGCUGUUCUCUAAAUGAAAGAAAAUUCUAUCAUUCUCUGACGUUGCGCGUUAGUGAAAGAACUAUACUUGCAAAGCUAAGAGCUUAUGCUUCCAGAUCUUUGAAAAGUAUGAAGAGGAAACGUUGAUGCUGCUAAAACUUGGUGAAGAAAUGGAUCAAACUUGUGCUUCCCAUUUUAUUGGAAUUCUUUUGCUGAAUGCCAAACUGCUACGCUAACUGUAUGCCCAUUCUCUCUUCUUGGUACUUUUAAUGGCUUCAUUUUGAUGUACUUCUUUUCA